AGGUGGCGGAUUUUUCCUUUCAAGCGCUCCAUCAUCGCACGUCACACCCCAUCCCCCAGUGCGAUGUCGCUUCAGGCUUUCUUUGAUUUCUCGAGCAGCGUGGUGGACCCGAAAUAUGUGGGGCUGACGCCUUUCUUUGCGCCAAGGCAAGAGCGCCUGGACACACGCCCACCCGCCAUCCUCGCCUCCAUGUACGAGUACACGAUGUGCACGAAGCGGGCGCUCAACACACGUAUCAUCGGCUUUGCGGAACCGACGCUGCAGCAGUGCAUCGAGGCCUUCUCACGCAACGUAAAGGCCAGCGCCAUGAUUGGGGAUGCGGAGGCGCAGGCGGCUGUGCUGAGGCAGCGACGGGGUGUAGUGGAUCCCUACGCACUGCCCUGGGCCCCAAAGCCGGAGUACGUGGAGUGGCUGCGUGGACAAGGGCGUCUGGAUGAUUCAACGCAAGGCAACAACGAAGGGAGGUGA